AUGUCCUCUCGCAGCUCUAGCUCUUCUUCGGACAUUCUUGGACCUGCUGGCGACUCCGAAUACCUACUUUCCUCUCCGACGAAACCUCCCGGCGGUCGGCAACACUUCAUGUCUAUGUCUCCGGCCCCCAAUUUCAAGUUCCUGCAGACCCCAGGCUCUGUGAAGGGCAAGCGUCAGCGCACGAGUCUCAGCCCGUCGAAAAGUGCGCAUUCCAUCCGGUUCGACGAUGUCUUGCUACCAGCUACUCCUGCGCUUGCGAAAUUGGCCGGAGGACAGCCCAUGUCCUUGUCUCCGGAAAAAGAUCAGGGUGAGAGUGGCAAUCCGUGGAGAAUUCGAGUGACGCUGGAGGCGACGCAAGAUGAAGAAAAUGAGGGGAAUAACCAAAAAAGCCCUACGCGCAGGGUGUUAUAUCCCUCGACUACUAUGACGACCAAGGUGCCCCUGAAGGAUGAGCGCGACCAACCGGAGCCAACCCCCCGACGACGCAGAGGCCGACCGAGGAAGACGGAGAUUCAAGCACUACCCGAUGCGACACCGACCCAAGCAAGUCCCGGACAUACACCAGGUGCCAAGGGCGCCAAUGGGCAAAGCAGACCACGAGGGCGACCGCGCAAAGGUACGCCUGUGCCGGUUGAGCGGCAUGUGGAAGAGCAACCAACGCCGGCUCUGCCCGAACAAUCUAGCCCUUUGAACCUUGAGCAACCAACUCCGGUGCCCGUGCCUGGACGACAGCGAUCUAGUCAGCUGAAUUUCGGUGAGGAGGAGCAACCGACUCCGGCUUCCGUACCCGAUCAACAGCGAUACGAUCCGUUUAACCUUGAGUCGGAGGACCAGCCAACUCCAGGACCCGAAUUUGAGCAACGAUCUAGCCCGUUGAAUUUUGAGCAACCGACUACGUCGCCCGACUCUAGACGAGAACGACACAGUCCGCUAAACCUGGGAGUGGAAGAGCAACCAAAUCCAGAUUCUGAACUCCACCAAGAACGAUACAGUCCUUUGAAUCUCGGCGCAGAUGGCGAUUCCGAAGACGAUGAGCUACCGGAUGCCCCGUUGCCCGCCUACGACUUCCAGGAAGAAGACGAGACAAUGCGACCUGAUCCAACGGAUUGGAAUCGGAGUUCUCCUCGAGUGACCUUUGCUGAGCCUGCGUACGAGACGCCGGAUGUCGGUGCCAUAGACCGCGAUGACGAUGAUGGGAAGCUACACUCGACACCGUCUAAGAUGCCAUCUUCCAUUCGCCAAGGAUCAAUUCAAGAACCACUUAAUUCUUCCCCAGCAAACACAGUAAAUGCCGGCCGUACACCUCGACCACCACCACGCCUUUAUCCUACGCCUACAUCUUCAUCACUAGUUGAUGAAGAGAAUCAUGAACAAGACAAUCUGGACGAAGAGGUACCAAGUAGCGACCCUCAUGAUACCCAAGGCGAGGCCACGGAUCAUCCAUCGGACGAUUAUGGUGACCCAGCAGACGAGCAUCGUGACCCUACGGACGAACACCGGGAAUACGAUUCGAUCGUAGAGAGCGAAGGGUUCAGCAUGGUGUCGUUGGAUACUUUGCCAUCAGCCAAGCAGCAUGGAAUCAGCACAAACUCGGACCGCAUCAAGGGGCCUCUCAGACCUUUCCUUCAGCGUGAAUCAAUCGGAAGAGAGAAAACAAAGCGCAAAGCAUCCUCUAUGGGCAGUGAUCAUAACGAGAAUGCUCACGCGAAUGCAUCAUCGAACCCAGAACCUAUCAAUGAACCCCCGCGAAAACGCCAAUCUCGUUCUCCGCCAAAACGACAAUCCCGUUCACCUGCUCAUCGACGGAGGCCAGGGCACCCUGCGACACAUGACGAGGCUUUUGAACAACGUGCGCCCCCGUCUCCUCCGGCCGAACCCACUGCGCCGACUCCGGCUGACAACCGGCUCAGACCAAUCUCCCGGCUGGCCAAAAUUGUGCGAGCUGGCAUGGUACUUGAAGGUGCCUUCAGGCAAAACCCGGAGGUAGAGGAACGACCAGAUAGAAAAAUUGCGAUUGAGGAACCCAAAAAGCGUCUGGAGAGCGUGUUCAGUGAUUUUGACUAUGAUACCCAACAACAACUACGAGCUGGUCUAGGCCUUGGCCAGGAAAUCGCCAAGAAGAAAAUACAAGCAGAGAUCGAAAGGGAAAGGGCCGAACAAGAAGAAGCUUCUAGAAAUGCCGCCGCGCAUGAUACCUACGACCAAGACCAAUAUGAAGACGAGAGGCCAGAGGAAGAAGAGGAAGAUACCUCAGAAACCCCGCGCCAACAAGGUCAAAGAUCGGUCCAGGAUACACCAGGGCCAGAAACUGCGAUGAGACGGCGAAUGGCUGAAUGGCAACAAGAGAGAGAGUCCAUCAGUCGCGAGAUUGACAAAGCCAAUUCGAGUCAGGUCAUUGUUAUUAAUAGCGAUGAUGAGGCGUCGCGGAGUCCUGAGCGUAGUAGGGCCUAUCCUGGUUUUGACGUUGGCGGGCCGGACUCGGAUUCUGGGUCAGAUUUCAACCAAGGGCCAGAAUUGGAGCCAGGCUCAGAAGGCAACCUGCCGGAGGAUGAAGCAGGUCACCCAGACGAGGAAUACGAGGCAAACAAGGUAGGAGAGGAACAGGAAGAUGCACAGGUAGAGGAACAAGAAGAAUACGAAGGGGAGGAACUAUACCCGCAGCAGCCGCAUAUGCAACAACCGGAAGAGGAGGAAGAGCAAUAUGCGCGAGAGCAAGAAGACGACGACGGAUACUCAGACAUUUGGCAGCAAGAAGCACAGGAGCAUAGCCAAAUAUCGCAUCAAUCUUCCAUGCAUCAAGGCUCCAUGCGUCAAUCCUCCAUACGUCGCGAUGAAGAUGAUGCUCGCUACAGACAAGAGUCUAGCCCAUUGAAGGAUGAUCGAUCAGCUGCCCCAAGCGAAUACGGCGCAUUUUCCCCGGCUCCUUGGACUCAUCAGCGGGAAAAGGUACCCUACCUGGGAGGCCAAUCGCGAGUGCGACAAUUACGCGAGCAAGAGGUCGACCUGUCGAUGUUGCUUGGUGCAUCCAACACUCCGAAUCAUUCUCGCUAUUAUUACGGGAGAAGCAGCCCGCUGAGCACGGGCAGUGCACGGCCUUCGCAGCGGGCGGCACCCCAGUUUUCCCCGCGAUACGGCGAGAAUGGGGUACAUGGCCAAGAGCAGCCUCUAUCGGAAUUGGGACUCGUGUCUAGUCCUCUGAAGCACUCGGACGACGAUGCGUUCCAGGUUGAUCCUACCACCAGAAUCGAGCAUGAGAGGAUGCAACAUGAUAGGCGGCGGGACCAAGAGGAGGAAGACUUUGAAUAUUCAGAUGCCGCCGUAGCCGAAGAACGGUUUAUUGUCGGAAAUGUGGAAAUGACUCCACAACAUCCGCGACCUGCCAAUCCCGCAAAUCCCGAUGUUCAGGGAUCGACCUGGUUCCAAAGACUGGCCUCAUUGACCCCUGGGUGGCUGAAAGCACCAAUCAGCAGGUCUCCUGCGCGACCAAGUCGCGUGAGUGAAGAAUAUGAGGACUCAGAUGAUGACCCAGUGAGCGACGAUGGCUCCGCGGAGGAUGCGAACGCGCAUCCCCAUGGAGCCGACGGGGCAGACGUGGAUGAACAAGAUGAAAUAGAGCGGACGUUCAGAAGUUCUCGACGAUUCACCGAGUGGAGACAGUAUGAAGAACCGCAGAGCUCCCCCGAGUCACGCGCCGCCCAACAACCCGACCGCGCAUUUUCCGCUCUGGGAGAGGAGAGCCCGGUGCGAUCCCGACCGCUGGCGAUAUCUGGGCAUUUCAGCAACGAACACUAUAUUAUCCUCCGACGUCUGUAUCGGCUGGCCACUCAGUUCCCAGAACGGUUUACUUACUAUCCGGCGCCCGGACGCGACCAGAUUAUCGGCGACUGGAUUUGGACGUCUGACGGACGACAUGGCGUGCCCGUUACCGAAGGGCAGUUUGCGGUGAUUGACCAGUUUGUACAGGAACUGGCCACCGGCGACCUAGAUAGCGGCGGGACGGGCCAGAUCGGCUGGACGGAGGCAGACUUACACCGACGACUGAUCAGUGUGAUUAUUGGCGAGAAGAUCAGAGCCGAAAGAAAAGCAAAAAUAAGCGGAGGCGACAUGUGA